AUGAUUCACACAAACUGGCCGUCAUUCAAACGUAUCUCGACGGUGAUGCACGAAGAAUCAUUGAAUAUUCUCAUGGAAUUUCUUAUCCACUAUGGUUAUCAUAAAGUGAAAGGUAUUCCAUUGGACGCUAUUCGGAAAUUGGCUCGUAUUGUGCUCGAAGAAAAUGUAUUUAUGUAUGAGAAAAAGUUCUACACACAAAUUGUUGGUGGUGCUAUGGAAUCAGCAUUCACAUUAACAUUAGCUAAUAUAUUCAUGUGGAAAUGGGAAAAAAGACUUGUUUGUCACCAGACAUUAUAUAUUGAUGAUAUCUUCUUAACUACAAAUGAUUCAUUACAAACCUUAAGUGAAAUGUUAGAUAAAGCAAAUAAUUUACAUCCAAAUAUCAAAUUAGUUCGUCAAAUCGGGCGAAGCCUUCCAUUUCUUGAUGUUUUAGUGAAAAAUAAGUGUGGCAUACUUGAUACAUCUGUUUAUCAUAAAGAAGCAGUUAAACCAUACAUCGUGCCAUUUAAUUUCGAUCAUCCACGUUAUGUUUUCCAAAAUAUUAUCGAAAGUGCUCUUACUCGUGCAGUUCGAAACUCAUCCACAAUGAAUGCCUUUAAGCGUGAACGACGUUCAAUUAUACACAUGUUACUUUAUAUUGGAUUACUGUAUCAUCAUUUGAAACAAGGAGCAAUCAAGAAAAAACAAUACGAUAAACUAUUUCCAAAAACUCAUACAUUAGAAUGGGCUCAUUUUCAUGGUCUCGUUAAAGUACACAAAUAUGGAACACCGGUUAGACCUAUUAUUGCAGGAAUUAAUGCAUUAGGAACAUUACUUUCGAAACUUUUAUACCAACUUCUAGCACCUAUUUAUUUAGAAGUGGCUAAAGAUACAACGUUUAUUAAUAGUACUCAGAUGAUUCGAAAAUUAGAAAAAUAUGUAACAAAUGGUCAUUUCAAAUCAACAACAUAUUUUAUUAUAGCCGAUGUCAAGAAUCUUUAUACGAUGAUACCACGAAAUGGUGCAUUACAUGCAUUAAUUCGAUUUUUAGAAAAGUAUUCCCAUCAAAGAAAAAUAGGUACAUUCCGAAUAGAUCAUCUUAUGAGAAUGGCUCGUUUAAUAUUGGACACAAAUAGUUUUGCUUAUAACAAUAAAUACUAUAAACAAACGUAUGGAGGAGCAAUGGGUUCGGCAUUUACAGAAGUCCUAGAAAUUAUUUAUAUGUUAGAAUGGGAGCAAGAUUUAAUUAAAUAUCAAGAAAUACAUGAAGAAAUUUAUGGAAGAUAUAUUGACGAUAUAUUUAUCGUCACAAAUGAACCAUUCGAUAGAAUGAAACGAAAACUUGAACACACUGCAGACGAAAGAUAUUAA